AUGCUAAAUCUUUCUCUAUUCGCACGAGCUACCUCUGCUGCAGCUUCCAAGACGGCAAAUUCAAGAUUAACUUCGCUUUCCAGACAAUUCUCGAACACGGCUGCAAUCAUGGCUCCCGCAGAAAAGACCUGUGAUUAUUUGGUUAUUGGUGGCGGCAGUGGUGGAUUAGCUUCUGCGAGGCGCGCCAGUGGAUAUUACGGUGCAAAGACGAUAGCUGUGGAAAGCAAACGCUUGGGAGGAACCUGUGUCAAUGUGGGAUGUGUGCCAAAGAAGGUUACCUGGAACGCCGCCGCGCUGGCAGAGGCGAUACACGACUCGAAAGCAUAUGGAUUUUCCGUAGAGCAGAGUGCGCCAUUCGACUGGCCUAUGUUCAAGAAGAAGAGAGAUGCUUAUAUCACGCGAUUGAAUGGGAUCUACGAGAAGAACCUGGGCAAUGACAAAGUUGAAUACAUCCACGGUCGCGCACAUCUCACCAGCAAUAACGAAGCCGAAAUCGUUUUAGAUGAUGGCACCAAACAAACCGUCAAAGCGAAGAAGAUUUUACUCGCGGUCGGCGGACACCCUACGAUCCCUCAAAAUAUCCCAGGUUCUGAAUACGGCACAAAUAGCGAUGGGUUUUUCGAGAUUGAGAGACAGCCAAAGAAGGUAGCCAUCGUAGGAGCUGGAUAUAUUGCUGUUGAGUUCGCUGGAAUGUUCCACGCUUUAGGGACGGAGACGCAUCUGUUCAUCCGCCACGACAAAUUCUUGCGUGCGUUCGACCCAAUGGUGCAGGAUGCUAUCGUAGCAGAGUACGAGAGACAAGGAAUCCAUAUUCAUAAGCAGUCAAGCCAGAGCAAAGUAGAGAAGGAUUCCAAUGGAAGGCUUACCAUCCACUACAAGGACAAAGACGGAGAAGGACAGCUCUCAGAAGUCGAUAACCUUAUCUGGGCUAUUGGUCGAUCGCCAGAAGUUGAGGACCUUGGUCUUGAGAAGGCUGGAGUAAAACAAGACGACAAAGGCAGAAUUAUCGCCGAUGAUUACCAAAACACCAACGUUGAAAACAUCUACUCUCUGGGCGACGUAGUAGGCAAAGUCGAAUUAACCCCAGUAGCCAUCGCCGCCGGCCGCAAACUUUCAGAUCGUCUUUUCGGACCGGAAAAGUUCCGCGACUCAAAACUCGAUUACAACCUCAUCCCGUCCGUCGUCUUCGCGCACCCAGAAGUCGGCUCAAUCGGCCUCACCGAACCCGAAGCCGUUGAGAAAUACGGCAAAGACAACCUCAAAAUCUACACCACCUCCUUCACAGCCAUGUACUACGCGAUGAUGGAACCCGAAGACAAGGGACCUACGAAGUACAAACUGAUCUGCCACGGUCCGGACGAGAAAGUUGUCGGAUUACAUAUUCUGGGUCUGGGAAGCGGGGAGAUGUUGCAGGGUUUCGGUGUGGCUAUUAAGAUGGGUGCGACCAAGGCGGAUUUCGAUAGUUGUGUUGCUAUUCAUCCUACGAGUGCCGAGGAGUUGGUUACUCUGAAGUAG